AUGAAAGCUGUGCGGCGACUCAAUAAACCCAUUCAAACCUUGGAAACAUAUAGAAGGAACCUGUCAUCCAUAGUUACACCCUUACCAGUGGACGCACAUGGCCCCAUCUGGAAACCCCAGGAAACCCCUUCGUAUGUGCCUACAUACCCUAUUCGUCUAUCCGUUUUACACCAGAUUUUGCAAAAAUGUGCGAGAGAAAUUUUACCCAUGGAAGGGAUGGCCUGUCAUGGCUGUAUAAUUCAGUAUGGACUGUGGGCAAACACUUUAACUUCAAAUAUGCUCAUUAAUAUGUACUCAAAAUGUGGGUUUCUGGAGUAUGCGCGGAGAGUGUUCGAUGAAAUGCCUGAAAGAAGCCUAGUUUCUUGGAAUACCAUGAUUGGUUCAUAUACCCAAAAUGGAAACGAAAAGGAGGCUCUUGAUCUUUUUGUUCAGAUGCAAAGAGAAGGAACAGAAUUCAGUGAAUUCACACUUUCAGGCGUUUUGUGUGCUUGUGCAGCUGAGUUUGCAGUGUUCGAGUGUAGGCAGUUACAUGCUUUUGCUCUCAAAGCAUCUAUGCUUGAAAACAUGUUUGUUGGCACUGCUUUACUCGAUGUUUAUGCAAAAUGCAACCUACUAAAAGAUGCAAUCCGUGUGUUUGAGUAUAUGCCCGAAAGAAGUGCUGUGACAUGGAGUUCAAUGGUUGCAGGAUAUGUGAAAAAUGAGCUUCAUGAGGAAGCAUUGAUGACGUUUAAAAAAGUACAAACUACAGGAGUUGAAUUCAACCAGUUCAUUCUUUCUUCAGUUCUUGCAGCUUGUGCAGCCAUAGCUGCUAAAAUUGAAGGAAUUCAAGCACAUGCAGUGUUGUUCAAAACAGGUUUCAUUCUGAACUUCUUUGUUUCUUCUUCCCUAGUAGACAUGUACUCCAAAUGUGGAAGCAUCAAUGAAGCUUAUUUAGUGUUCUCAUGUGUAAAACAGAAGAAUAUCGUUUUACUAAAUGCAAUGAUUUCUGGGUUUUCAAGACAUGGUCGAUCCAUGGAAGCAAUGAUGUUAUUUGAAAAAAUGCACCAAAUCGGCUUGCAACCAAAUGAGGUUACUUAUGUAUCUGUAUUGUCUGCUUGUGGCCAUAUGGGGUUAGUGAAAGAAGGGAAGAAAUACUUUGAAAUGAUGAUAAAAGAACAUAAUUUAUCACCUAAUGUUGUCCAUUAUUCAUGCAUGGUUGAUGUUCUUGGUAGAACAGGUUUGAUCAAUGAAGCUAAAAUCUUGAUUGACAAAAUGCCAUUUGAGGCUACUGCUUCCAUUUGGGGAUCACUUUUAAGCUCAUGUAGAGUUUAUGGAAAUAUUGAAUUAGCUGAGAUUGCUGCUAAACAUUUGUUUGAAAUUGAACCUGAAAAUGCUGGAAAUCAUGUGUUGCUUUCAAACAUUUAUGCUGCAAAUAGAAAAUGGGAUGAAGUUAUACAAGCAAGAAAGCUUCUUAAAGAAACAGAAGUAAAGAAAGAAAGAGGUAAGAGUUGGAUUGAGGUUAAAGACAAAGUUCAUGCCUUUAUGGUUGGAGAAAGAAACCAUGAUAGAAUCCAUGAGAUAUAUUCAAACUUGGAGGGUAUUCUUGAAGAAAUGAGAAAGUUUGGUUAUAGAUGUGAGACACAACAUGAUUUGCAUAAUGUUGAAGAGAAUCAGAAAGAGGAACUUUUAAGGUACCAUAGUGAGAAACUUGCUUUUGUUUUUGGAAUAAUGUGUUUACCUUCUUCUGCUCCUAUAAGAAUCAUGAAGAAUCUUAGGAUUUGUGGGGAUUGCCAUGUUUUUAUGAAGUUGGCAUCAAAGAUUACAGGAAGGGAGGUUGUAGUAAGGGAUACAAAUCGGUUUCAUCAUUUUAAUAAUGGGUUUUGUUCAUGUGGAGAGUUUUGGUAA